UAGGACCAGUGGCUGGCCCGCAGUCCCAUGUUGCAGAGGCGGGUUUACCACGUUAUGGCGGCUGUGAGGAGGCAGCUCUACGUGCUAGGUGGGAAUGACCUGGACUACAACAAUGACCGCAUCCUGGUCCGGCACAUUGACUCCUACAACAUGGACCUGGACCAAUGGACGCGCUGCUCCUUCAGCCUCCUCACGGGUCAAAAUGAGUCCGGCGUUGCCGUCCAUGAUGAUAGGAUCUAUGUGGUUGGAGGAUACUCCAUUUGGACCAAUGAGCCUCUGGCGUGCAUUCAGGUGCUGGAUCUGAGCACAGAGGGGAAGGAGGAGGUUUUCUAUGGGCCAACACUGCCAUUCGCCUCCAAUGGCAUAGCAACUUGUUUCCUCCCUGCUCCUCACUUCACCUGCCCUAACCUACAGACUCUACAAGUACCCCAUCACAGGAUAGGUGCUGUUUAAAUCACUGAUGAACAAAAUGUCAGAAAACAUGAACACAUAACCAGAGAAUGGAGGAGCCUCAGCUCAACGCCGGACCUUCGGUAUUUGCAAAUGUGACUGACAAAAAUGUACCUGAGCGACGUAAUCAUUCUGGAAGCCACCAUCUCUGUCACACAAGUGUCCAGGGAUUUCUUUGAGACCCAAAUGUAAUAACAUUACUUUCCUGAUCAACAAUAGCCAUGUCAUUCUGCAAGCUUCUAGGACACUCAAAAACAAGCAGCUAUCACAAUAAUACAGCUUAUCUGUUGUAUUUCCCCAAAGACUGAGACACCAUUCAUGAUGUCCAGCGAAGACACAGUGAGCAAGAGAAAAUAACUCCAGAGGGAUUAUAAGUUUCUGAAAAGACAGGAACAAAAUGCCAAUCCUAUUACCAAUUAUGUGACUUGUGGUAAGUAGACAUUACUGAAUUGCUCAAUCGUCUGCAGGAGUUCAAAGAAGCUGUCCUUUUUUAUAGCCCAUUAUAGGGCUGUAGGAGCUUUUCCAGCUAGAAUCACUGCAAACCAUUUCCAUCGAACCUCUGUAAUCACUUUGGUGGCCUGAAAAACAUGUACAGGAUGUUUUUCAAGAUAUAGAGGACAAAGUCUGUUUUCUCAUCGAAUCGCAUGUACUUUGAAAUUACAGAUUGGGUUAGUGUCAAGAGCCUUAGGCUGAAGCUCAUCACUGCAUAAACGACCAUGCCAUUUGUUAUCACUCAAAUAAGAUAGGAUUACUGCAACAGUAUCGACACACUACUGUAUGUGUGUAUGUUAUCGACCUGUGUGAGUGGGAGAUUUUUAUUAUGCUCAGGACCGAAGACUGUUUAUGUUCAAAUGAAUGUCUGGUCAUUGUCAUCAUUCAGAGAAUAUAUGUGUAUAUGAUAUUCUAAUAACACUCCAUUAUGCUGCUUUUCAAUACUAAGCCGUUUUACUUUGACCAAAAGAGAAAAUCGAUCCCCGCACUUCCCUCAUCUGUCCAAAACAUGUGUCUGAAAGAAUACAUGGAAAACUUUCAGAAUAAAGAAGCUACAUAAAUAAACAACACUGCAAUGUGUUCUAUAAGGGCUGUUAAUAGCUAUGAUGGGAAGAAAGGGAAUUAUUUAGCAGCAAUAGAUAACCGAACACUAAUUUAAAGCACUGCCUCUACUGCUAUUCUUUUGCUUCUCCAACCACCUCUGAUACCGUUGGAGAAAAGGAAUGCAGUGCAGCAGAAUAACGCUGCUCAGAUGAAGGGAUGCAUUGCAGUUUGAUGAGGCUGGAAAAUGACUAGCAAUGACAGAAAAUGGGACGUGGUGAUUGUGGGAGACAGGAGUGAGACUUCAUGUGAUUAGGUGCAAACUACAGCCGGUUUGCAGCAGAUUGCUGCGACUUGGAAAGGCACGCAUGAGAGAGAAUUGGAGCAAACUACUCCUCUCCUUUACUCACUUUUCUUUUUGCUACUGAACUCUUUGGGCUCGCCCACGACUGUCAUCAAAUCUGUAAUUUAGAGCGCCAGCCAAGUAGAGACAGCUCCGGUACCUGAUGGUAUAAGCACAAAUAGUCCACGCUGACUUCAGUGCUCACAUUCCUCAGUUUUCCCACCAUGAUACUGAAAUGAAAAUGUGGCGAGACCGGUGAGAGCACAUUCAUAUUUAUUGUCACAUUUUAUUUUACAAUUACAUUAAAACUACAUCUGUCUAAAUGCA